AGCAAAACAAACAUGGCCGUCCAGACAUCGGUAUGUCUGGUACAUUAAAGUCUGGACUCCACGCUAUUCUUGACUGAAAUCACUCGAAAGGAAACAGGAAAUCUAUUUGAAUGAUAUCGUAGCAUCAUUUGGGCGGAGAUAAGCAGUGGAUGUCUUAUAAAAACAGCAACUGUGACCAUGGCUUCUCUGGACACCGGGAUCGGGCCAAGUCUGGCUGGUGCAGACCGUCAACUUAAUGCACAAAACCGAUCUUCUCUUACCAAGGAGCAACAUUUACAAUUGGAGCUCGACCGCACAAGAAAUGAAUUGAAGAGCAUACGAGCACGGUUGGAAACCCUUGAAUAUCAAAAUGGCACCACACGAAUACGAUGUGAAAGUGAAAUUGAUUUGCGCGUGGCUUACGAAAAUAAAAUCCAAGUUAGAGAUAUGAACUUAAAAGAUUUGAAGGAAGAAAAUAAUAACUAUGUUGAAAAGAAUUAUGAGUUAGAAACAACCAUAUCUGAGCUAAAAGUUAUGCUCAAUGAAUCCAGAGGCGAAAUAUCUGAGAUUAAAAAGAGAAUGAUAGACAUAUCGGGAAAACUUCAAUUUGAAGUAGAUAAGAACUCAGGACUUGAACGACAGGUUGAAUCAUAUGAAGAAAACGCACACAAACUACUUAUGGAAACUAAGAAAAAUGAAAAUAAUCUAGAGAAAGUAAAAGAGUUAUACGAAAAAGCAGUAUGCUCAAGAGAUCAAUACGUUGUGAACUUCGAACGAACAGUAAAAGAGAACAAAGAACUUAGGUCAACUAUUUAUAAUCUGGAUUCUGAGCUAAUGAAAUGCAAAAACGAUUUGGGCUUAUCGCGUGAAGAAAUCGAAACAUUAUAUAAUGAAAGCGCUGCCUUCACUCGUAUAUUAGUCGAGAACAAUAGAGUAAUAGACAUACAGAGCGCAGAGUCUGUCUUGAAACGAAGGGAACAAAGCUUAGAGAGGAGAAUCCACCAGUGGAACCAGCGUGAAGCUCAGGAAAAACAAUUGAUUCCACUGUAUCAUGGACAGAUUCGUGAACUCAAGCGGACUAACGCCAAGCUAAGGACAGAGAAAGAAGAGAGUUAUAGACAGAAAGAAGAAGGAUUGAAGAGGGAGAAACACCUUGGCAGAAAAUUGGAGAAAGCGCAUGACAAGUAUAAUAGGCAAAGAAUCGGAGAGAGGGACGAACAAAGACUGGAGACAAUGGGAAGAAAAUUUGGCAGGCGUGUGACACCAAGAGUACGAAAGUACAGUGGACGAUAUACAGCCGAAAGAAAAAAGGUGUGGAAGUCUCUUGUCUGCAUCAUCGUACUCGCCGUUGUCUACACAAUAUACAACUAUUGGUGUUGACGACAUUGAUGAGUUGGCGGAUGCAACAACAUAAAUUGUACUUGCAAUUAAUUGCAAUAUUAAGAGCAAUAUGUGAUACAACAUUAGUUUGUAUUUUAUCCAAUGAAUACCAGUUCAUGGUAAGUUAAAAUGGUAGCAUCAUAAGUAAAGUGAAAAAAAUGUUGGUAGCUAUAUUCUAGAUAAGCAUGUCAUUGUGUUUAUUAGAUCGAUCUCAAAUUUAAUAUUCGAAAGACAUUCCAGAUAUCUGUUUUGAUACGAAUGUUGUUGCAAAUGUUAGCUUAUUAACGAAAUCCAUUAUGAAAGAUUUAUUGCUAAAUGAUCAACAAAGCUUUGGUAAUUUCUCGGAUGUCUUCCUGGU